AUGGCCUGGGGAGGUUUGGAACAUCUACAGCUGGCAAAAGAAAUCACGGCCACCGAAGACGUCAACGACUGGAUAGUUGGUGUCGAUCGUCUAUGGGUUGAUCCGUAUUGUCGUCGAAAGAACGUUGCCACGUGUCUUCUGGACGCCGCAACGACACAAGAUCGUCAGAUGGAAUUCCGUUCGAGACGUCUUCGAGUCGCCUUCUCGGAUCCGACGGAUGACGGAGCGAAGGUCGCCGCGAAAUAUAUGGAAACCAGAUAUCUACCAGAACAUCGAUAUGAUGGAGAGAUUCUAGUCUAUUAA